AUGCGGAAUUUUGUUUGGUCCGACAUUGGAAAUGGUUCUACUACUUCUGCCUGGUUUGAUUCUUGGUGUGAGUUGGGGCCGCUGGGUGAUUUCCUAUCGCCUAGACUUAGUGCAAAUGGGGGAUUCAAUUUGGAGACUAAGGUUUCUGAAGUAUAUUCCAACAACAAUUGGAAUUGGCCAGCCGCUUGGAGAGAUACCUACCCAGUCCUAAACCAACUGGAUCAGUUGUCCAUCAAUCUGAAUAAACCUGAUAGGUUCAUGUGGCGACAUGGAGAUGAUAUAGAUGAAUUUUCAACUUCUUGUGUUUGGAACUCGAUUCGGUAUCGUGAGCCGGAAAUAGCAUGGUGUGGUCUUGUAUGGUUCGCGCAAUGCAUUCCGCGGCAUGCGUUUUUAAUGUGGUUAAUCACGAGAGGAAAGUUGCUUACCCAGGAUAAGAUUCUGAAAUGGGAUUUUUCGCGAAGGAGGAAUAUGAAUAUGAUGUGCUGUUUGCUAUGUUAUGAAAAUAAUGACUCUCGCAGUCACUUAUUCUUUGAGUGUAAAUUCUCUACACAAGUUUGGCUAACGGUCAGACAUAAAGUGGGAAUGGACUCGGUUCAACCAAAGUGGGGUGAUAUUGUUGAUUGGCUUCUUGUUCGUGUCAAGUCUAAGUCAGCGGCCAACUAUGUUGCUAGAUUGUUGGUGGCGGCUAGUGCUUAUGUUAUUUGGCAGGAGCGUAAUGCUAGAUUAUUCAAGAACCAGUUGAGACCUCCGGAGACGAUUAGUGCAAUUAUAGUUCAAUAG